AUGCCCGCUGAGUUCCUCACCACCCACCCUCCCCCGCUUUGGCUCACUCUCUACCACCGAGUCACCCGCCUCCCUGACACUCUGCGUACAGCGCCUCUCGUGGCGACCACCGCACCCCGUUCUUCGAGGGGUGUUCCCCUUCCCCCCUUCUCCCCUCUGUCGCCUCUGCUGCUGCUGUCGACCUCCUCCGUGCUGAGAAGGUCGGUACUGCGUCUGCUUCAAGCGGACACCACAACGGCAAGGGCAAGGGGGGCAAGGGAGGCGGAGGUGACGGCAGGGAAGGCGGUGGUGGGGGCGGUGGUUGAGGUGGGGGUGGUGGCGGGGCUGGAGGAGCCAGUGGCAGUGGUGGAGGUGGUGGUGGCAGCGGCGGUGGCGGCGGCAGCGGCGGUGGUGGUGGUAGCGGCGGGGGUGGUGGCAGGGGAGGGGGCAGUGGUUGGGGUGGCGGUGGACGCGGCGGUGGCAGGGGUUGGGGUGGUCGAGGAGGUGGUGGCGGCGGUCAUGGUCGUGGAGGCGCCGGCGGUGGACAGAGCCAGCAGCACACUCCUUCGCCCCAGGAGGCCCGCCACUGAGCUGCCCCGCUGGGCUGCGCUCCGGAGGAAGGGGGUUGAUAUCUAUGCUCUAGACUUUGAUGCUAUUCUCACUGCCAUGUAUGUGAUGUCUACUAGUGGAGAGGGUGUUGAGUACCUGUGUGUUCCGCCCGACCCGGGCAUUAGGACGAGUACGGCUGCCGCUCUAGGUGCUAGUGCGUCUGCAGCUCCAGGUACUCCCGUGUCAGCUACCCCAGGUGCUGGUGAGGCAGCAGCUCUAGGUGCUUGUGCGUCUGCCCCCCCUGGUACUGAGUCGACUGCCGCACUGCACACCUUCACACUGGACUCCGGUGCGUCCCGCUGUUUCUUUCGUGACCGCACUGCCCUUGAGCCGCUUGCUCGGCCAGUUGCUGUCUCCCUCGCUGACCCCUCUGGGGGUCCGGUCAUUGCGACCUCUUCCACUGUCCUUCCCUGUCCUGCGGUCCCGUCGGGCACGCUGUCAGGUCUCCACCUCCCCUCGUUCUCUACGAACUUGGUGGCAGGUUGUGCUCUUCAGGACGGGGGUGUUCACCAGUUCACCCCUGCCCACGAGCGCGUGACACACUGCACGUGUGCUCGUACGGGCUGCCACUUGGCUACCUUCACUCGGGAGCCUGGGUCGGACCUGUACACACUGACCACUGAGUCCCCUCAGGUAGCAGCGUCUGCGUCUGCGUCUGCCUCCGGUCAGCUGUCUGCCCCCUGCUCGUGUCGCUCUCUGGCACACGAGACCGUCCUCUGGCACCACCAACUUGGUCACCCGUCAGUGCAGCGCCUUCGUGCCAUGCACAAACGGUUCCUUGUCUCUGGUCUUCCCCGGGUGCUCCCUCCCCUACCACCCUCGCCUGCUCCUACCUGUCUUCCCUGUGUCGAGGGGCGGCAGCGCGCCGCUCCUCACUCCUCCUCGUUUCCCCCGACGACUGCUCCCUUGCAGACGCUCCACAUGGACGUGUGGGGCCCAGCCCGUGUCCGUGCCCGUCUUCAGCUCAGUGAGCGUUUUCGCUCGGAGUUUCCUGUCCUGCGCUUGCACUCUGACAGAGGUGGUGAGUUCUCCUCUGCCCUCUUGACAGCCUACUGUGCCGACCACGGCAUUGAGCAGUUGUUCACGCUUCCGGCCUCUCCACAGCAGAAUGGGGUUGCUGAGCGCUGCAUUGGCUUGGUCAUGGAGGUCGCUCGUACCUCCUUGAUCCAUGCGGCUGCCCCCCACUUUCUGUGGCCGUUUGCGGUCCGAUACACUGCGCGUCAGCUCAACCUCUGGCCCCGUGUCUCCUUGCCGGAGACCUCGCCCACUCUGCUGUGGACGGGGGAGGUUGGCGGUGCAUCACGUUUCCGGGUCUGGGGAUCUCGAGCUUUUGUCCGCGAUACGUCCGCGGACAAGCUCUCCUCUCGUGAUGUUCCCUGUGUCUUCCUUGGCUUUGUCCCUGACGCAACUGGUUGGCGGUUUUACCACGCCACCUCGCGCCAGGUCCUGCCCUCUCAGGACGUCACCUUUGACGAGUCCGUCCCCUACUACCGCCUCUUCCCCUACCGCACUGCCCCGCUCCCCCCCCCGCCUCUCUUCCUCGCGCCAGGUGCUGCUAUGGUAGACCCCCUCCCCCCUCAGGGUGCCGCUCCCUCAGGUGUGUCCCAGGUAGACCCGGUUGAGCCUGUUGAGGUAGCUGUUGACUCUCGUCCUGCUGGGGGUGCAGAGCCUGGGGGUGCGGAGCCUGGGGGUGCUGAGACUGGGGGUGCUGAGCCUGGAGGUGCUGAGACUGGGGGUGCUGAGACUGGAGGUGCUGAGCCUGGGGGUGCUGAGCUGCGGAGUCCGGAGUCUGGGGGUGCUGAGCCUGGGAGUCCUACACCGGGCGGAGCUCUCUCCUCGGAGCAGCUGCACGAGUGGUACUCACAGUACUGCAGCCUCAGGAGAGGUGCCUCUAGAGCCAGGAGUACUACUGGGACUGGUGCUGGUACUUCCCCGCCUCAGCGGGAGCUGCCCUCUCUUGAGCGGAUCCGUGAGUGGUACGAAAGGCGCUGCACUCUCAGGAGUGGCGCGCCUGGUGUCGUGGACCCUGCUGCUGGUACUGGGGCUGCUGGUGCUGGUGCUGCUGGAGGUGCUGCUGGUGCUACUGAAGCUGCUGGAGGUGCUGCAGGAGCUGCUGGAGGUACUGCUGAAGCUGCUGGAGCUGCCGGAGGUACUGCUGGAGCUGCUGGAGGUACUGCUGGUACUAGUGCUGCUGGUGCUGGUGCUGCUGGAGCUGCUGGAGGUGCUACUGGUACUAGUGCUGCUGGUGCUGGUGUUGCUGGAGCUGGUGCUGCUGGAGCUGCUGGAGGUGCUGCUGGUGCUGUUGGAGCUGCUGGAGGUGCUGCUGGUACUAGUGCUGCUGGUGCUGGUGCUGCUGGAGCUGGUGCUGCUGGAGCUGCUGGAGGUGCUGCUGGUACUGCUGGAGCUGCUGGAGCUGCUGGAGGUACUGCUGGAGCUGCUGGAGGUACUACUAGUACUAGUGCUGCUGGUGCUGGUGCUACAGGAGCUGCGGGAGGUGCUGCUGGUACUGGUGCUGCUGGUACUGGUACUGCUGGAGCUACUAGAAGUGCUGCAGGUACUAGUGCUACUGGUGCUGGAGCUGCUGGGGGUGCUACUGGUACUGGAGGUACUGGAGCUGCUGAGGAGUCUGGAGCUGGAGUUGCUGAGCGGCCACGGCCGUACUACGUUCCACUCCUUCAGCACGUUCUUGACCUUCCGCCCCCUCCUGGUCCUCCUCCUCCUCCUCUACUGAGUCCACCACCAGUCCUGUCGCAGUCACAGUUACAACCAGCCUCUCCACUGCCUGGUCCUUCUCCUUACACUGCGCCGACGGGUAGCUUCACGGAGCGUCGUGAGCCUGAGUCUCGCCCUCCGUCACCUGAGUCUGGUCCUGUGCCUUGUGAGUCUCGUCCAGAGUCGCAUGUCCGCACUGCACGCACUAGUCGUCAUGUUCCACGUGAGCGUCCUCCUCCUGUCCUAGGCACUCACUACAUGACCUUGCGUCAGUCCACUGCUCCACAGCGCGUCCCUCUGCCGUCUCCUCCUGCGUCCUCUCUUCCUACCGUUGCUGACCCGCCGUCAGACCUUGCUCGUGCUGCCAGUCCUACUGUCACACGUUUCCUUGCUACCGUUGUCACUGACCCUACCUUUGAGUCCUCUUCUGCGUCUGCUCUAGUCGCUGAGCUUGUUGACUUUGCUGCUGCCUGUCGUCUAGACUACGCUGCUAGCCUUGUCGCUGAGCAGGAGGAGUUUCAUUGCUUUGCCGCUGCUUUGCCCCAUCUCGUGUCCAUGCUUGUUGCACCUAAGGGAGACCCGGAUGCACCAGACAUCCCGACCCCACGCUCUUACACAGAGGCGAUGGCCGGUCCCUACUUCUCUCAGUGGCAGACAGCCAUGGACGCAGAGAUGGCUUCCUGGAAGUCCACAGGCACCUACGUCGACGAGGUUCCCCCACGUGGGGCGAACAUCGUCAGUGGCAUGUGGAUCUUCAGGGUGAAGCGGCCGCCGGGUUCUCCGCCUGUCUUCAAGGCGCGUUACGUUGCACGAGGCUUCAGUCAGCGAGAGGGAGUUGACUUCUUCCAGACCUUCUCCCCGACCCUGAAGAUGACCACUCUUCGGGUUCUGCUGCACCUCGCUGCUCAGCGUGACUACGAGCUCCACUCUCUUGACUUCAGCACUGCUUUCCUACAGGGCAGCCUGCACGAGGAGAUCUGGCUGCGCCGCCCAUCUGGCUUCACUGGGUCGUUCCCUCCUGGUACCCAGUGGAGCCUCUGGCGGCCAGUCUACGGUCUCCGCUAG